CGCGGCGAACGUUCGCCUGGCGGGUCUUCCGCUGCCCGAUGAGCUCAUAGUUGCGCGGUAGUGUCAGCGGGUCCGCUGGCGUCCUUGCGCCUCCCCUGGACCCACGCACAGAAACUCGUACCCACUCGCGAACCGAGACGCCAGUUUACACUCGCCAUCCCUCGGCGGGCGACGCUGCCCUGGCCCACCCCUUUCCGCCCUCGAGACCGGCCCCUGUCCCGCCUAGUGCUUGUGCGGCGCCAGUUGGCCCUGCCGUCUCUGGCUCAGAGAGGCUGGGGCUUGUAGGCGCAGCAGCUCCGAAGGUCGCCCUGGGCUGAGAGUGCGGGCCGGCAGAGGCCGGCAGGACGCGGCUGGGGCUAUGCUGGGAAAGGAUUACAUGCUGGCCAUCAUUCUGGUCAACUGCGAUGAUGACUUGUGGGGGGACCAGAGUCUGGAGGGGGAGCCAGGCUUGCCGCCUGGCUGGAGGAAGAUUCGCGAUGCUGCAGGUACUUACUAUUGGCACGUACCCAGCGGUAGCACCCAGUGGCAGCGCCCAACCUGGGAGCUAGGAGAUGCAGAAGAUCCAGGCACGGGGACCGAGGGGAUCUGGGGACUGCGGCCUCCCAAGGGGAGAUCCUUCUCCAGCCUGGAGAGCUCACUGGAUCGGAGUAACUCCCUGUCCUGGUAUGGUGAGGAAUCCUACAUCCAGAGCAUGGACCCAGGGGCUAAGUGCUUUGCAGUCCACUCUCUGGGCUGGGUAGAGGUACCCGAAGAGGACCUGGCUCCCGGGAGGAGCAGUAUCGCAGUCAAUAACUGCAUCCAGCAGCUGGCCCAGACCCACAGUGGAAGCCAGCCCCCAGACAGUGCCUGGGGCGAGGGCCAAAACAUGCUGAUGAUCUUGAAGAAGGAUGCCAUGAGCCUGGUGAAUCCCUUGGACCACAGUCUGAUCCACUGCCAGCCUCUGGUGCACAUCCGUGUAUGGGGUGUGGGGAGCUCCAAAGGCCGUGACAGGGACUUCGCUUUUGUGGCGGGUGACAAAGACAGCUGUAUGCUCAAGUGCCAUGUGUUUCGCUGUGAUGUCCCUGCCAAGGCCAUUGCCAGUGCCCUACAUGGGCUCUGUGCCCAGAUCUUGUCAGAGCGAGGAGGAGUUAGUGGUGAUGCCCCUUGCUGCUCCCUAGACCCUAUCUCCCCUGAAGACCUGCCACGGCAAGUGGAGCUGCUGGAUGCAGUGAGCCAGUCUGCUCAGAAGUAUGAGGCACUGUACAUGGGGACCCUGCCAGUCACCAAAGCUAUGGGCAUGGACGUGCUGAAUGAGGCCAUUGGUACCCUUACCGCCCGGGGAGACCGGAAUGCCUGGGUCCCCAUCAUGCUCAGUGUGUCUGACUCUCUCAUGACUGCACAUCCCAUUCAGGCAGAUGCUGGUGCAGAGGAGGAGCCACUGUGGCAGUGCCCUGUGCGUCUUGUGACCUUUAUUGGUGUUGGUCAUGACCCACACACCUUUGGCCUCAUCGCUGACCUGGGCCAUCAGAGCUUCCAGUGUGCAGCCUUCUGGUGCCAGCCCCAUGCAGGGGGACUCUCUGAAGCUGUGCAGGCUGCCUGUAUGGUUCAGUACCAGAAAUGUCUUGUGGCCUCUGCAGCUCGAGGCAAGGCCUGGGGUGCUCAGGCCCGUGCCCGCCUGCGGCUCAAGCGGACCAGCUCCAUGGAUUCCCCAGGAGGUCCCCUGCCCAUCCCCCUGCUCAAAGGAGGGGUUGGGGGUCCAGGGGCAACCCCUCGAAAGCGGAGUGUCUUCUCUUUUCUUGAUGCCUUCCGGCUGAAACCCUCUCUGCUCCAUAUGCCCUAAAUUGAUCUGGGAGGGCUAGGGAAGGAGGCUCUGGGUCCAUGCCCAACUCUGUACCCUUCAUUCCUCAGGGGCCUAUAGCCUCUCACCUCUCUAAGCCUUCUCUGCCUGUCCCUCCAAUCCUUGCCCAUCCUCUAUUUAUUGCCCAAUUUAUUGUUUCUAUGGAUAGGACAGAGAGGCCCUGUAUAACAACGUAGGCUCCUGAUUCCCCUUUCCUUGGGUCCUUGUGUUUCUUGCCCCUGUCUAACUCUGGACAUUUGGCUCUACCUCAGCUACACUUUAUAGCAAAAUCAGUGCAAAUAAAAAUCCCUCAGUGACCUCA